UAUCGCCCCCCCCCCCUUCCCCUCCUUCCUCCUUGCGGAAACGAGAGAACCCAAACGAGCCGCAAAAUCGGAGGUGGUCGGCUUCCAGAAGCUUCUAGCACCGCGGCAAUCGAGCGUAGCCUGCGCAUUGGUUAUUGGCUCGGUCGUGGACUGCGCGUUCGUGCGAGAUCGAGGCGGGGAGCUCGCGAAUCGGAGGCCGCGGGGCACAAUGCCGCGUCGGCGGCGGUAGGGAUGGCGGCGGCAUCGGCGGCAUGGCGAGGGGCAUAGCGCGGGCGGUGUCGUUCGGGGGCCGCGCGACCGCGGGGUGCUGCUCCUAUCGCCGCGUCACCGUGGCCGUCUGCCUUGGCAACCUCGUCGCCGCGCUGCUCGUGCUCCGCUCCCUCACCGCACCUGCGUCCUUCUCUCCGGCCACUCCCAACCGCGGCGAAGUGGUGCACUACACGGAGGAGCAGAUUAGGAGGGUGGAGGAGUCGAUCCGGAUUCGCCGCGGGGCGGAGCCCGUCGAGCUCGUGCAGGCGGUGAAGAAGCUGCGGAAGGCUUUUGCACGGGAGGAGAAGAGGCGGAAGGAGCUGCCUCUGGUGCUGAAGCAGAAGGUCUCGUAUGAUAUCGUGAGGCGGCUGCGGGACUUGGGGGAUAACGGCAGCAUCGCGCAGCAACGAGAAGCUGUGGAAUCUUGGCGUGUUGAGAAGCUAAAAGAUAUCAAACAUGCACCUUACCAGAAUCAAUCAAAUUUGGGCCUCUCCAGAGAGGAAGCACGAAUGUUAAAACGAGUGCUGGAGUUCAACUGGCGCAUGCUAAUGGAGGACAUUGGUCUUUGGAUACCAGAGGAAGUCAUGAACACGGAACAUGAUGACAAACUUGAGAACGAACCAGAAGAAGAGGAGAUAAUAGCAGGUCCACCUUUGUCCCCGCAAUGCAAUGCUGAGCUACAUACUGAUUACGAUGGCGCCGCUAUUAGAUGGGGCUUAACACACCACAAAGAAUCUGCUGCUGAUUGUUGUGAAGCUUGUCUAGAUCAAGCUAAGAAUGCCAAGCCAGGUGAAUCGAAGUGCAAUAUAUGGGUUUAUUGCCCAUCAGAGUUUGGAUGCUUCUCACCAGACAAAUAUGAGCAUAAACAUCAGGAGUGCUGGUUGAAACAGGCUGACCACCCUAAACUGAACUUCAAAGACAAGUAUUCUGAGUCUUACAGAGAUUCACAUCCCACAGCUCCUGUUGUCGUGCCAUGGAUGUCUGGUGUCAUCAGUGCAUGAGCUGCCAGCCCCCGGCCGCUCAUUUGAGUUUUGUACUGAUGCAACUUCAACAGACAAACCUCCAUACAGCAAUUCAUUUUUCUUUCCUUUUGUUCGCCACUGUACUGUUUUGUUUUCUUCUUCUUUCUGCCCUGGUACAUAUGAUGCAAAACUUAGAUUAGUUGAUGUGGAUUUUGUCGUGAUCAGCUCAAUAUUAGUCUGAUCGAUAUUUGUGUGUUCA